UCUAGGGUUUUCAGCUAUUCUAUAUAUAAAACAUACCCACUUCUUACACCUCAACAAAGUAAACCCUAGCUGCCACGCUUCAGCUUCAGAACCCAAAGCUUUCAACCAUGGCGGAUGUGGAGACAGAGGUGGCGGCGGCCGGAGUGCCCAAGAAGAGAACGUUCAAGAAGUUUAGCUUCAGAGGCGUUGAUUUGGAUGCUCUCCUUGAUAUGUCCACCGAUGAACUUGUCAAGCUCUUCCCAGCUCGUGCUCGCAGAAGGUUCCAGAGGGGUCUCAAGAGAAAACCCAUGGCUUUAAUCAAGAAGCUCCGCAAGGCGAAAAGGGAGGCCCCACCUGGUGAGAAGCCAGAACCAGUUAGAACCCACCUACGUAAUAUGAUCAUUGUACCUGAAAUGAUUGGAAGCAUUAUUGGUGUGUACAAUGGCAAGACAUUCAAUCAGGUUGAAAUCAAGCCUGAAAUGAUUAGCCAUUACCUUGCUGAGUUCUCUAUUUCAUAUAAGCCAGUUAAGCACGGUAGACCUGGUAUUGGUGCUACCCAUUCUUCUAGGUUUAUUCCUCUUAAAUGAGCUGCUUUUCUGCAGCUUGGAUACUUGUUCUGGUGUUACCAUGAAUGGAUAUUUAGUUGACCAAUUUUUGUUUGUUGUACCUUUAGUAUUAUAAUUAAUGACAAUUUUAUAUGUUUUCCUUUGUUAUAUUGGCGAAUGAGACGUGCACUUUGCUCAUGUUUUAAAGAGGUGCUUUGAAAUGUUUCAUUUAUUUUUGUCCUAGUUGAAUAUGUCAAUGAUUUGGUAAUUUUCCCACUGCUGGUCUUUGAAAUUUUCCCACGCUGUAAAUAGUUUGUUAAUUUAACUGCCUCUGGAAGACCUGAUUUAUAACUCGAAUUUGAUUAGUCGCAAAAAAUAAAAAAUGGUAAUUUGUGUAUUUAUGUAGUGUUUUAUAUGAAAAUUAUGCUAUAAUCCGUUUUGGCAUAAAAGACACAAGUGUAUUUCUUGGUUUUUGUUAAAUUUAUGUAUUGUUAUUAAAAUUUUGAUUUGUGCUGUGGCAUAACUGCUUAUAAGUUCUGUCAUUGGCAACAAUAGUCAGCAUGUCGAUACAAGAGUUGUUAAACACAAUUUCUCUAUGGCAGUCGCAGCAUGAUCAUUUUGAACAACACAGGUGAGAGUAAAAAUGAUGAAUAAAAAUAGAUGAAUGCCCAAAUUUGUAUUGUUCUUCCUAUCCUCUAACGAGCAAAUAUAACCAAGUAAUUUGCAACAUUUAAUGAAUCAAAACAUUACAGUAGUAGCAAUAGUAGUUUUAACUAGGCUUUCUAAUCUCUACCACAUUUUUCAAACACCUAACGUCAGGAGAGCUGACUUUUUCCAAAGCCUAUUUAAAAAAAAAAAACUAUUGCAGUUCAAGAGUGAAGACGAUCUUUGCUCUUUUAAGUCAGAUUGCAUCACGGUCCAAGCAAAAUCAGUCAAUUCAAAUUCAGAAGGUGAGAAACAUUUUAGACAAAUAAGAAUUCUACCACAAUUUUCAAACACCUAACGUCCAGAGAGCUGACUUUUUCCAAAGCCUAUUUAAAAAAAAAAAAAAAAAAAAAAAAAAAA